AUGGGUCUUGUAGUCGAGAAUAGUUUUACCUCCCUGCAAAUAACACUCACCUUCCUAAGGCUUGUCGGUUUGUGGUCACCUGACGGUCUCUUUGGCUGGUGGAAAUGGCUUUAUCGUUGCCUAACUAUUGCUGCUUUUAUGCUCGUUGUUGGUGUGUUCAUUAUCAUUCAAAUGGUAGACCUGUGCAGUAUCUGGGGAGAUAUACAGCUGAUGACGGCGACAGCAUUCGUUCUCUUCACCAACAUCACGCAUACCACCAAGAUCAUUAACUUUUUGGUGAGAGCAUCUCGGAUCAAGGCUAUAGUCGACAAUAACUGCAGGGUGCUAAGAAGUGAGGAUAGCGCGGUGGGAAGGAAACUUGUGAAAAGUUGCAACAACGAGUCAUUUCACCUCUACGUUGGUUAUUGGUUCAUCACCACCAUCACCGGUAUACUUUGGUCCAUGUCAUCGCUGUUGGAGGCUGAUCAGAAACUACUGCCUAUGAGAGCUUGGUAUCCCUUCGACACCACGAGGUCGCCCGCUUAUCAGUUGGCGUUCGCCCACCAGUCAACAGCUUUGUACUUAAGUGCUAUGAUGAACAUUAGCAAGGACACGGUGGUCAUCACUCUUAUCGCGCAGUGCCGUUGCCGGCUGCUACUACUGAGUCAGGCGCUGCGCAGUCUCUGCGAUGAUACACACGUCACCCAUUUUCAAACGGGGAAGCCGGUACGAAUGCUAUCAAUGGCCUGUUAUCUGCUGAACAUGCUGUGCCAGGUGUUCAUAUACUGCUAUGAAGGAAAUGAACUUUCCGUUGAGAGUGAGAAUAUAUCGAGAGCUGCGUACGAGUUCCCGUGGUACACAAGCAGUGUCGACACACGUCGCUCCGUGCUCAUCAUGAUGACGAGGUGUUGCCGCAUCGCCAAGCUCACUGCCGCUGGCUUUACCACUCUCUCGCUCGCCUCAUUUAUGAGUAUAUGUAAGGCGUCUUAUUCAUUCUUCACUGUAUUGAAACAAGUCGAAGAAGAAAAUUAUUAAAAAUAAGAAUUCAACAAUUUGUCUGAAUUAUAAGUAUAGUAAACACAAGA